UGGGGGUGCCGGCAGCUGGCUCGUUUGGCAGGGCCGCAGUGAGCGGGGGCAGGCUGCGGGGACGCCCGCUCCCCCAGCCUCAGUUUCCCCAGGCGGUGCCUGCGCAUCCUUGCCCGCCCCUCCCCCACCGUCGCCGGGCACCGGGUCCCCCUAGGACUCAGUCUGCGCCUCCCCGCCUCCAGCGCGGCUUUGUCCCCUCCAACCACGGCCUGUGGCGCCAGCGGCACCAUGAUCUCGACCAAGGAGAAGAGUAAAAGCUCCAAGGACAGCAUGACGCUUCUGCCCUGCUUCUACUUCGUGGAGCUGCCCAUUGUGGCAUCCUCCAUCGUGUCACUGUACUUCCUGGAGCUGACCGACCUCUUCAAACCGGCCAAGGUGGGUUUCCAGUGCUACGACCGCACGCUCUCCAUGCCUUACGUGGAGACCAACGAGGAGCUCAUCCCGCUGCUCAUGCUGCUCAGCCUGGCCUUCGCGGCGCCUGCGGCCUCGAUCAUGGUGGGCGAGGGCAUGCUGUACUGUCUGCAGUCGCGGCUGUGGGGCCGCGCGGGGGGCGCAGGCGGGGCCGAGGGCAGCAUCAACGCCGGCGGCUGCAACUUCAACUCCUUCCUCCGGCGCACCGUGCGCUUUGUGGGCGGCGUCCACGUGUUCGGCCUGUGCGCCACUGCCCUGGUGACCGACGUCAUCCAGCUGGCCACGGGUUACCACGCACCCUUCUUCCUGACGGUCUGCAAGCCCAACUACACGCUGCUGGGCACCUCGUGCGAAGCCAACCCCUACAUCACGCAGGACAUCUGCUCUGGCCACGACACUCACGCCAUCCUGUCGGCACGGAAGACCUUCCCGUCGCAGCAUGCCACGCUGUCCGCCUUCGCCGCCGUCUACGUGUCGAUGUACUUCAACUCGGUCAUCUCGGACACCACGAAGCUGCUCAAGCCCAGCCUGGUGUUCGCCUUCGCCAUCGCUGCGGGCGUCUGCGGCCUCACCCAGAUCACGCAGUACCGCAGCCACCCGGUCGACGUCUAUGCCGGCUUCGUCAUCGGCGCUGGCAUCGCCGCCUACCUGGCCUGCCAUGCGGUGGGCAACUUCCAGGCCCCGCCCCCAGAGAAGCCGGCGGCAGCGGCGCCCGCCAAGGACGCACUGCGGGCGCUGACCCAGCGGGGCCACGACUCCGUGUACCAGCAGAACAAGUCCGUGAGCACGGACGAGCUGGGCCCGCCCGGCCGGCUGGAGGGCGCGCCCCGACCUGUGGGCCGCGAGAAGAUCUCGCUCGGCAGCCUGAAGCGGGCCAGCGUGGACGCGGACCUGCUGGCCCCGCGCAGCCCCAUGGGCAAGGAGAACAUGGUGACCUUCAGCCACACGCUGCCCCGUGUCAGCACGCCGUCCCUGGACGACCCCGCCCGCCGCCACAUGACCAUCCACGUGCCGCUGGACGCCUCGCGCUCCAAGCAGCUCAUCAGCGAGUGGAAGCAGAAGUCGCUAGAGGGCCGCGGCCUGGGGCUGCCCGACGAGGCCAGCCCAGGGCACCUGCGGGCACCGGCGGAGCCCAUGGCGGAGGAGGACGAGGACGAGGAGGAGGAGGAGGAGGAGGAAGAGGGCGAAGGGGAGGAGCAGGGGGAGGGCGGGGAAGGCCCGGCCCCGCCGUCCCUCUACCCCACAGUCCAGGCCCGGCCGGGACUGGGGCCGCGGGUCAUUCUGCCGCCAAGGGCUGGGCCGCCACCGCUGGUGCACAUCCCGGAGGAGGGGGUGCAGGCGGCAGCUGGCCUGUCCCCCAAGAGCAGCGCGGCCGUGCGCGCCAAGUGGCUCAUGAUGGCAGAGAAGAGCGGAGCGGCCCUGGCCCCGGCCGCCACCCAGCCCCGCCUGGCCAACCCACCGCGGCUGCUGCAGGUGAUCGCCAUGUCCAAGGCGCCCGGUGGCCCUGGCCCCAAGGCGGCCGAGACGGCCUCGUCCUCCAGCGCCAGCUCCGACUCCUCGCAGUACCGGUCGCCGUCAGACCGCGACUCAGCCAGCAUCAUCACCAUCGACGCGCACGCGCCCCACCACCCCGUGGUCCACCUGUCUGCAGGCAACGGGCCCUGGGAGUGGAAGGCGGCCAAGGGCGCGGAGAGCGAGGGUGGCUAUGAGCUGGGGGACCUGGCCCGCGGCUUCCGGGGUGGGCCCAAGCCACCAGGCGUGUCCCCUGGCUCGUCCAUCAGCGAUGUGGACCAGGAGGAGCCGCGGUUUGGGGCCGUGGCCACCGUCAACCUGGCCACGGGUGAGGGGCUGCCCCCGCUGGGCGCAGCCGAUGGGGCGCUGGGCCCCUCCAGCCGUGAGUCCACACUGCGGCGCAAGGCCAGCAGCCUGGCGCUGGGCGACCGGGAGGCCACAGGCGAGUCAGAAGCUGAGAGCUACUUCCGCAAGAUGCAGGCAGCCCGCAGGUUUAAGGACUGAGCUGGGGCUGGGCAGGGGCGUGGGGGGCCGGGGAGUCGGGAGCCAGGGCCAGGCAGGGCAUUUCGUGGUAUGGCAAUAAAAGGUUGAUACUGGAGCCCUGGCUGCAAUCAUUCCGGCCUGAGGACCCCACAGCCACACAGUGGGAGGCUGGCACCCAGGAGCAAGGGGAGGGCAGUCCGCUGCACCUAGUUACCCAGUAAGGUUCCAACUGGGGUAGAACGUUGUCAUCUAGCCCCAGGUCAGGGAAAGCCACCUUCCUGGGAUGGGUGGAACCCCGCCAGGGGGCCGACUAGAUUCGUGUGCCCCAA